GGUUCUCCAACGAAGCAAUGCUGACAGGGAUUUUGAACACAUCAGAACAGAUUUGAUCCCCAAUCCAAGAUGUACUGCACUUUCCAUACCCAUCUUCUUCUCCAAUUUUCCCUCCAUUAAUUUUCGUAUCUCAAAAGAGAAGCAUCAAAUAUGUUUCGACCAGCGGUGGCAAUAUGGAUUCUUCUCUAUCUUGUCAUCUCUCCCUCCAUAUUUAUCAUCUGUUUGUCACAACAACACUCCACCAAUCUUAUGGCAGAUAAAAGGAAGCGCAUGAGCGAUAGAGUUCGCGAAAUGUUUUACCAUGCUUAUGAUAACUACAUGAUGUAUGCUUUUCCGCAUGAUGAGCUGAAACCUCUGACCAACACCUACACAGAUUCUCUAAGUGAACUUGGAAAUUUGAAGCUUGAACAUCUGCCACAACAGUACAAUGGGUCUGCUCUUACCCUAAUUGAAUCACUCUCCAGCCUCGCAAUCUUGGGUAACUACACUGAGUUUGAAAAGGCUAUUCUUUGGCUAUCCGAAAAUCUAUCAUUUGAUGUUGAUGCAAGGAUAAAUCUGUUUGAGUGCAACAUAAGAGUUCUUGGAGGACUUGUUUCUGCUCAUAUUCUUGCCACUGAUUCUACGAACAGGUUGGUUCAAGGAACUUAUAAGAAUCAACUCCUUGACCUGGCUGAGGAUUUGGGACAACGCUUUCUACCUGCUUUCAAUACUCCAACCGGAUUACCUUAUGCUUGGAUCAACUUAAAGCAUGGUGUAAUGGCGGAUGAGACAACUGAAACGAGUACAUCUGGAUGUGGUUCUCUAAUCCUUGAAAUGGGUACAUUAUCACGUUUAACCGGUGAUCCGAGAUUUGAGAUGGCAGCUUUGCGUGCUCUUCGUAAGUUAUGGAGCAUGCGGAGUUCUCUAAAUCUUCUUGGCACUACACUGGAUGUAGAAACUGGAAACUGGAUUGAAUAUUCUUCUGGAAUUGGAGCUGGUGUGGAUUCAUUCUAUGAAUAUCUGAUGAAAGCCUAUGUUCUAUUUGGAAGAGAUGAAUUUUGGAAGAUGUUUCAAUCUGCUUACAUUGCUGUGCAGAAAUACUUUAGGCAUGGCCCAUGGUAUCAUGAAGCUGACAUGAGAACAGGAAAAGCAACAUACUGGCAGCUCACAAGUCUUCAAGCAUUUUGGCCUGGAUUGCAAGUUCAAGUUGGGGAUAUCGAGGCAGCUAAUUCAUCACACCGCGAAUUUUUCAAGGUGUGGAAGAAAUAUGGAGUACUUCCUGAGAGGUAUCUGCUGGACCAUCAGCUGUUGCAUCCUACUGAAAAAUACUAUCCUCUACGCCCUGAAUUGGCAGAGUCCACAUUUUACUUAUACCAAGCAACCAAAGAUCCAUGGUACAUGGAAGUGGGUGAAUCAAUAAUAAAUUCUCUGAAUGCACACACAAGAGUUAAAGGCGGCUUUGCCAGCAUUAGGGACGUGACUACAAUGCAAUUAGAAGACCAUCAGCAUAGUUUCUUCCUGGCAGAAACGUGCAAGUAUUUGUAUCUACUUUUUGAUGAUUCGUUUCUCCUUAAUCAAAAUUACAUUUUUACAACUGAGGGUCAUCCCCUGCCUGUUAGACGCAGUUGGCAUGAGAGGCUUCCUGAGGCUUAUAAUCUAAGUAAUGGAAGUUCUGUCAAGAUCGAAGUUCAUUGUGCAUGUGAGAGUCGUGUAGAUGUGUGCUCAAUUAGUGCAAGUCGAAAUGGUAUAAGAGCGGAAAUCGAUCGAUUUGAGUUGUUCUUCGCCUUCAAUUUGAGAACUUAGCUGAGUUCGAAGCUUGCAGAGGUACGACAAUGGCGGACGAUGAAAUUGGACAGCUUCCUCACAACCAUUCACUAUACCUUAAGGAUUCAGAUUCG